AUGGCUGAUGCAUGGCGUGUGAUGUGGCAGAUGGACAAGGAGGACGAGGCGGAGGUGAGGAAGCGCAUCAUGGAGGCCAAGUUUGACUUCAACGACAUGCUCAAGCAGACGCGCAUGAUGGCGCGCAUGGGGUCCAUGGGCGGCAUGCUCAAACUCAUCCCCGGCAUGAACAAGCUGACACCGCAGCAGGUGCGCGAGGCAGAGAAGAGCCUCGAAGUCAUGGAGUCCAUGAUCGCCUCCAUGACCAACCAGGAGCGUGCGGACCCGGAGCUGCUUGCCAAGAGCCCGUCGCGCCGUCGCCGAAUCGCCAAAGGAUCAGGCAGAAGCCAGGAGCAGGUGAGCGCACUGAUCUCGCAGCUGUUCCAGAUGCGAGUGCGCAUGAAGGCCGUGGCCGACAUGGUGUCUGGCAAGGCCAUGCCCGCCAUUCCCGGCCUCGACACAUCCGGCGCCAAGAAGCCGCGCGGAGCGCCGGCGUUCGGGCAGUGGGCGGGGUACAUACCGGUGGGGCCGGCGGGGCGGAAGCGGCUCUUCUAUUGGCUCACGGAGUCCGUGGCGGCGCCUCUCACCAAGCCGCUCGUGCUGUGGCUCAACGGAGGUCCAGGGUGCUCGUCCAUCGGCUACGGUCUCCUGCAGGAGCUCGGGCCCUGGCGAGUGGCGGGCCCCGCGGGACGGCAGCUGCAGUUCAACCCGUACUCGUGGAACAAACUGGCGAACGUGCUGUUCCUGGACUCGCCUGCGGGAGCGGGCUUCUCGUACUCGCUGGCGGCCUCCGACCUCGCCACGGGCGACAACCAAACAGCCCAGGACACGGUGCAGUUUCUGCGCGCCUUCCUCCGCCGCCACCCGCGCUACAACGGGCGCAAGCUGCUGCUGGCGGGGGAGAGUUACGCAGGUCACUACAUUCCGCAGCUGGCGGACGCGUUGGUGGCGAUGGAGGCGCGCCCGGCGCUGAGGGUGCGCAUGAGAGUGGGGGGCGUGCUGCUGGGCAACCCCUUCGUGCACGCGCGCGUUGACACCUCCUCGCGCGCGCGCUUCUUCCUCGACCACGGGCUGCUCUCCCCGCGCCUCUUCUCCCAGGCCGCGCAGUGCGGGUUCUCCCCCAACACGGUGCGGCCCGGCAUGGCAUGUGACGCUGUCAUGAACGCCGUUGCCACCGCUGACAGCGGCAUCGACCCCUAUGACAUAUACGCGCCAGUGUGCCUCUCCCCCGCCUACCACUCCCUUCAGCUCAACACGCAACGCUUCCGCCUCUCUCGCCUCUUCACCUCCUCUCCCCGCCCCUCUACACCGCACUCCACCUCGCCUUCCGCCACCUCCUCCUCACCCUCCUCUUUACACCCUGCCUCACAAGCAAGAGGGGCGGGAGGGGGGCUGGUGGGGUCAAUACAGGGUCAGAGCGCAAGUGUAUGGGGAGGAGAGGGGGAGAGCGGAGAGGGGGGAACAGGUGCAGUGAGGGGAGCAGAGGGAGCAGCAGGUGCAAUGAGUGGCGUCGACGGGGAGGGGGAGGUGGAGGGGGCGGAGGAUGCGGGGGCAGCGAGCAGGGCGUGCAUGGACGUGUGGGUGCAGCGGUACCUGCAGUGGCCUCCCGUGCAGCGCGCCCUCCAUGCCAUGCCCGCUGCUGCUGCCGCCCAGCCGCACCACUGGGUGCCCUGCAGCGCAUCACUGCAGUACGCCAGUGCGGACAUGGAGGUCUCCAUGCUGCCCGUGCUGCACCGCCUGCUCGCAGCGCAAGUGCCCCUCUGGAUCAUGUCGGGCGACACGGACUCAGUGGUGCCGUUCACGGGCACGAGGCAGUGGGUGGCGGGGCUCAACCUGCCGCUGCUCGCCCCUCUCCACCCCUGGACGCUGCCCUCCAACCAGGUGGGGGGGUGGGUGACGCGGUACAAGGGCGUGACAUUCAUCACGGUGCGGGGGGCGGGCCACCAGAUCCCCACGGGGCGACCCGCGGCCGCCCUCACCAUCUUCCACCACUUCCUCCACGGCACCACGCUACACGCCCUGCCCUCCUUCUACCGGUAG